AUGUUGUCCGACAGCCCCUCUGCGGCGGAAAAGCAGCCUCAUGAUGUGGUGGCCUCGGAUUCCGAUCAGGCCUCUAUUACGGAAAGUCCUGGGGUUAAGCGCAUUGAGGCCAUCUCAGUGCAAUUGGGCUUCAGCAGUCGGAUCGCUUUGUUCUGCGGCAUCUUCCUGGUGUCCUAUGUCUAUGGACUUGAUGGCAUGGUUCGAAACGUCUACCAGCCCUUUGCAACAUCGAGCUUCGGCUCUCACAGUCUGCUCUCAACGCUGGGUGUACUGACAUCUGUAAUUGGCGCGGCAGCACAGCCAACUGCUGCCAAAAUCGCAGAUGUGUUUGGUCGCGUGGAGUUGAUCUUGUUCUCCGUUUUCUUGUACACAAUUGGAACUGCUGUUCAAGCCGGCGCCAAUAAUAUGUCCACGUUCUGCGGCGGCGCAGUACUCUACCAGAUCGGCUACACCGGUAUCGUUCUGCUCGUCGAGGUCCUCAUUGGCGAUCUCACUUCCCUUCGCUCCCGACUGUUGUUCUCUUAUAUUCCGGCGAUGCCGUUCAUCAUAAACACAUGGGUCAGUGGUGAUAUAUCAGAUUCUGUAAUGGCUGUCACAAAUUGGAAAUGGGGAAUCGGCAUGUUUGCCAUUAUCUUCCCAGUCUGCACGAUCCCUCUUUUCGCCACGCUCUUAUAUGGCCACUGGAAAGCCAAAAGGAACAACCCAGAGACAUACCGCACCCCAUUUCAGAUCAUGGGCUGGCGCAAGUUUUGGGCGGAGCUGUUUUGGUACCUUGAUGUAGUUGGCAUUAUCCUGCUGAUUGCCUGCUGGGCUCUCAUCCUCGUCCCUUUUACCCUUGCCAGCGGUUCUUCCGAGCAGUGGAAAACGGCCAAGGUGCUCGCCCCUCUGAUUGUCGGCAUUUUUUGUGUUCCUGCGUGGGUGUAUUGGGAACGGACCUGCAAAUAUCCAAUGGUUCCCUUUAAGUUACUGAAAGACCGUGCCGUCUGGGGAGCCCUUGGAAUCGCAUUUAUGCUCAACCUAGCAUGGGGUAUCCAAGGACAAUACCUUAUCACUGUCCUGAUAGUCAGCUUCAAUGAAAGCACCCCAAGUGCGAGCCGCAUUUACAAUAUCUACAGUUUUACAUCAGUUAUCACCGGAAUUAUCUGCGGUGUUGUUGUGAUGUUUGUCAAACGACUGAAGCUAUUCAUCGUUGCAGGAACCUGUCUUUUCAUGGUCGCAUUUGGUCUUCUCAUUCAUUUCCGCGGCGGAGCCAACAGUUCCAGUCACUCAGGUAUAAUUGGAGCCCAAAUUCUCCUUGGUAUAGCCGGUGGACUGUUCCCCUACCCCGCUCAAGCCAGUAUCCAAGCUGCAAGCAAGCACGAACACUUGGCCGUCAUAACGGGUCUCUACCUCGCUACAUACAGAAUCGGUAGCGCGGUUGGCGAUGCUAUCUCCGGCGCUAUCUGGCGUCAGACACUCGAGAAACAACUCACGAGUCGUCUUGGCGAUGCCUCCCUGGCUGCCACUAUCUUUGCUUCACCCUUCGAGUGGGUUGCUGCAAACCCUGUGGGCACGCGGGAUCGUGAUGCGGUGAUUUUAGCCUAUCGGCAUACUCAGCGGUUGCUUUGUAUUGCGGGCAUUUGUCUGACUGUGCCGUUGAUUGCGUUCUCAUUGUGUAUCAGGGAUCCGAAGUUGACUAAGGAGCAGAGCUUGCCGGAUGCGGAGGAAGAUGUGAAAGAUGAGAGAGCUAAUUAA